AUGAAGGCUUCGGUCGCCACUGCCAUCUUGGCCUUCUAUGGCACUCACUCGUUUGCAGCUCCAAUCGCGGAGGCUAAUUACGGUACGAUCUUCUUUACACGAGCUUGAUCGCUCGCAGCUUGACCAGCACCUCAACAUACUGACUCGCGACUCGUACAGGUGCUAUCGCGCAGCGUGAAGCUGAUGCGGAGCCCAUCUUCGGUCUUCCAUUCGGGAUGAAGAUUUUCAAGAAGAUCUUCAAACUUGGGAGGCGCGAUGCUGAGGCCGACGAUUUCCUCUCUCUUGAAGCGCGCGAUGCUGAGGACGUUGACGUCUUCUCUCUUGACGCGCGCGAUGCUGAGGACGACGACGUCUUCUCUCUCGAAGCGCGCGAUGCUGAGGACGACGAGCCCGUCUACGCUCUGGUAGCGCGCGAGGCUGAGGACGGUUCAAUCAUCUUCGACAACGAGGACUCUGGAAAUGAGAAGCGCGGUCUCAAGACGCAAAAGACUAUCUUUCUGAUCGGCAAGACUGUCGAGGCGCUGUCCAGGAAAAUCUUAUCGAAGGUCACCAAACGCGAUGGCGAGGACGAUCUGGUCCUCUUCGAGGCUGACGACGCGGAAACUGGAAAUGAGAAGCGUGGUGUUAAGACCAAGUUCUUCGGCAAGCUGCUCGGCAAGGGCCUCGGAAAGCUAUCACAGAAAAUCUUGCAGAAGGUAGUCGUCAAGCGCGAUGGCGACGAUCUGGUCCUCUACGAGGCUGACGACGCGGAAACUGGAAAUGAGAAGCGCGGUGUUAAGACCAAGUUCCUCGGCAAGCUGCUCGGCAAGGGUCUCGGAAAGCUAUCACAGAAAAUCUUGCAGAAGGUAGUCGUCAAACGCGAUGGCGACGAUCUGGUCAUCUUCGAGGCGGACGACGACGCGGAAACUGGAAAUGAGAAGCGCGGUAUUAAGUCCAAGUUCUUCGGCAAGCUGCUGCGGCACGUAAAGCUGUCCUCGAAGAUUCUAUCGAAGGUGGUGGUCAAGCGCGAUGGUGAGGACGGUCUGGUCAUCUUCGAGGCGGACGACGACGCGGAAACUGGAAAUGAGAAGCGCGGUAUUAAGACCAAGUUCUUCGGCAAGCUGCUCGGCAAGGGUCUCGGAAAGCUGUCCCAGAAGAUUCUACAGAAGGUGGUGGUCAAGCGCGAUGGUGAGGACGGUCUGGUCAUCUUCGAGGCGGACAACGACGAGGCAAACGAGAAUGAGAAGCGCGGUGUUAAGACUAAGUUCUUUGGCAAGCUCCUCGGCAAGGGUCUCGCAAAGCUCUCUACGAAAAUCCUGCAAAAGGUGGUGGUCAAACGCGAUGGUCAGGACGACCUGGUCUUCUACGACGACGACGAGGAAAGUGGAAAUGAGAAGCGCGGUCUCCUCAGCAAGCUGGCCAAGAACAAGUUCAUUAGCAAGGGUCUCGGAAAGCUGGCUACGAAAAUCAUCAAGAGCGUGAUCAUCAAGCGCGAUGGUGACGGUGGUCUGAUCAUCUUCGACGACGGCGAGGAGACUGGAAACGAGAAGCGCGGUGUCAAGACAAACAAGAUCGGCUUCCUGAUCGGCAAGGGUCUCGGAAAGUUGUCAAAGAAAAUCAUCAGCAAGGUGAUCUUCAAGCGCGAGGCUGAGGCUGAGGCCGAGCCCAAGAUCGGCAAGCUCAAGAUUGUCAAGGGUCUAUCCAAGCUCGCAGCGAAGCUCACCAACGGGGACGAGGAAGAGGAGGAGCAAAAUGAGAAGAGAGACGCUGUAGCCGACCCUCGCUUCAGAAUUGGAAAGAUUGGAAAGAUCGGCAUCAAGGUUGGCGCGGCUACUGGAAAGUCCAUCUUCGGCGACGACGACGACGACGAGAACGAGAAGCGCGAUGCUGAGCCAAUCAACUUGUCCAUCGACACCCCUUUGACCGACGAUCUCCUCAGAAUCGACAGCAAGCUGCUGGGCCAUGUCUCGAUUGACAAGCGCGAUGCUGAGGCUGACGCCACGGAUGGACUCCGCCAUGCCGUCCACUGGUGGGGCACGGAGGGCCAGGAACACGGCCCAGUCAAAGUCGAGUAG